AUGGCGAGCAGAGUCUUCCAGUCGAGCCUCAGCCUGUCCAAGAUCCCGGAGCUAUGGAGGGACGCCAGUGCUCUGAAGGGAGCCUUUGAGGAGGGCGACCUGUCGGCAGUAGCCGCCAAGCUGCAGACCACACUUCAUUCGCUGGAGAAUGCCAGGCUGGACAUUGGCAUUACUGGGGGCACGGGCUCAGGCAAGUCGACCUUUGUCAAUACCAUCAGGGGGCUGGGAGACGAGGACCCCAAAUCGGCCUACACGGGCGUGGUGGAAAUGACGGUGGGGCCCACGCCAUACGCACACCCUAAGUACCCCAACGUCAUCACCUGGGACCUGCCGGGCAUCAGCACGCCCACCUUCCAGGCUGAAAAAUACCUCCAGCGGGUGCUGCCGGCCCGUUACGACUUCUUCAUCAUCAUCACCUCGGAUGAUGUGAUGAGCUUCACCGCCCACCACGCCCAGCUGGCCCGUGAGAUCCUGCAGCUGGGCAAGCGCUUCUACCUCAUCCGCUCCAAGGUGGACGUGGACAUCGCUGCCUCCCGCAGCCGGCACCCCAGCUCAGCCGACGGGGGCCUGAAGGACCCCCAGGUCUUCCUGCUCUCCACGUUUGAGUUGGGCAAGUACGACUUCCACCGGCUGGAGGAGGUGAUGGUGAAGGACCUCGAGAGCCACGAGCGGCACGUGCUUCUGCUGGCCAUGCCCGCCGUCUCCGAGCCCGUCCUAGAGAGGAAGGCAGCCUCGCUAUGGCAACUCAUCUGGCUGGUGGCCGCAGUGGCCUGUGGCGUCAACCCGAGCCCCGUGCCGGGCGUCCAGGAUGUGGCGUGUGACCUACACAUGCUCAUCGACUCCCUGGAAGGCGACCGCCGCAGCUUCGGCCUGGACAGGGACUCCCUUGUCACGCUGGUGGGCCAGACGGGCCAACCCCUGCACAAGAUCCUGGAGGCGGCACGGGGCCCGAAGACCGUCACCGAGGCGCUGGUGGUGGAACUGCUGGGCCGGGCCCCCCGGGAUGCCUCUGCUUUCACCCAGGAGCUCCUCAACGUGCCCGUCCUCGGCACCCUGGCCACCUGUGGCCUCUCCUUCGCCACCAUCUACCAGAUGCUCCGCCCGUCUCUGGACGAGGCAGUCAAGGACGCCCAGAGAGCGCUGCUUCAGGCCUUCCUCGACAACUCCCGACCAUGA